GAGACGGAGGCCAUGCGGCGAAGCGGACCCAAGAGCGGCGUUGUUCUGGCCCCGGUGGCUGGGGUCCAUGAUGCCUGUCAGAUGAUCAGCAGAGCCCAGCUGGGCCAGGAGCCCCCCCGGAGGACCGUGCUGGGGGUGCUCACCGAGAACGGGCAGUACAGGAGGGCCUGCGGCCAGGGGAUCACAGCAAUCGGGUGUUUCUCUGGAUCGGAAAAUGCCGUCCCUCCAGCUGGGAAAAAGGCGCCGUCUGACUGCGGGGUCCGUGUGCCGUCCAUGCAAGGAUUCGAUAUCUACAUGGAUGAGCCUGGACAGGGAGACAGAGAGAGCUCUUCAGGGAGAGAGGAAAUGGUGUUUGAGGAGGUGUACGGGGUAGACACCAGCGCUCCCAAGUCGGAUCUCCACUUCCUGCUGGAUUUCAGCACAGCUUCCCCAAUGCUGGUCGAUUCCUCUCUCCAUUCUCAGUCUGAAGAUGUGUCCGAUUUUGGUUCCGACGUGAUAAAUGUGACUGAGUAUGCUGAAGAAAUUCAUCAAUAUCUCAGAGAAGCUGAAGUGAGACACAGACCCAAAGCUCACUACCUGAGGAAGCAGCCAGACAUCACGGAGGGCAUGCGUGCCAUCCUGGUGGACUGGCUGGUGGAGGUCGGGGAGGAGUACAAGCUCCACACGGAGACUCUGUACCUGGCCGUCAACUUCCUGGACAGGUUCCUGUCGUGCAUGUCAGUUCUGAGGGGGAAGCUGCAGCUUGUGGGGACGGCGGCUAUUCUUCUGGCCUCGAAAUACGAAGAGAUCUAUCCCCCCGAAGUGGAUGAGUUUGUCUAUAUAACUGAUGAUACGUACACCAAGCGACAACUGUUAAGAAUGGAACAUCUGCUGCUGAAAGUCCUGGACUUUGACCUGACUGUACCAACCACCAACCAGUUCCUCCUUCAGUACUUAAGGAGGCAAGGGGUGUGCAUUCGGACCGAGAACCUGGCCAAGUACGUAGCAGAACUGAGUCUACUGGAAGCUGAUCCGUUCCUAAAAUAUCUUCCUUCACUGAUAGCCGCAGCAGCUUAUUGUCUGGCAAACUAUACCAUCAACAGGCACUUCUGGCCAGAAACCCUUGCUGCCUUUACAGGCUACUCGCUGAGUGAGAUUGUGCCCUGCCUGAGUGAGCUGCACAGAGCCUGCCUUAACAUGCCCCGUCGACCUCAGCAAGCAAUCAGGGAGAAGUACAAGGCUUCAAAGUACCUGCACGUGUCUCUCAUGGAGCCUCCUGCUGUCCUUCCUCUGCAGUGA